AUAAACAGCCACUUUGUCAUCAUAUUUCACUGAAAGUACAGGGGCCUAUUUUAUGACCAAACAAGUGGUUUCAUAAAAGUAGAACGCGUAACAUACAUUUGUUAUAAAACAUCAAAACACGACACAGUGAAUUAAACAAUAUAGUUUCGUUUGACAACUUUGAAAUAUAAAAUAAAUAAAAUAAUACAGUGUAAAUUAUUUUUAAAAAAUGAAGCAGAUUUUAUGCAUUCUUGUGUGUUCGGUUUGUUUGUGCUCCUGCCAAAGAUUUGGAGACUUUAUGACGGAAAUUACACAGUCAAAGACACGUGAUAAAGAGACUGAAAAAUUUGAAUCUGAAACGGGUAUGUUAACAAAACUUAAACAUGUGUAUAACGAAUUUAGCGUAACUGACGAUGCGGAGAACCUCCUGUCAAAUUCUGGAUUAGGUGCCAGUCCUUAUGAAGUUGGAGGGACUUGUCUAAAUCACACGAAGAUUCUUAUCAAUGCAACUUUAAGUGGUGAAAAAUGGGCCCAACGAAUGUUAGAUUCUCUCGGUAAACCGUCGAGUGAUUUGCUAGAUUUACAUCUACGAUGGUUGGGAAGCUAUGAAGAAUGUAUAGCGGUACAGGCUGUCGUCAAUGACGACCAAGGACCGAGUAACCCUUUUAAUGGAAAAUACUGCCUCGCUUACUUUCCGCUAGGGGGCGCCCAGUCGGCAUCAUCGCUCCAGCCUUCAGGUCUGAGUCUUGCCAUAGGAAUGUGUUUUCCUGAUUCUUGUUCAACCGCCGAUACAGCAGCUCUAGCUUAUACACUGGCUAGCUCACUCCCACUCAACACCACGGUUCCAUACCCAUAUGUACAAUGUCAAGAGAAAGAUCUGGAAUACAGUGACAAAGCAAUUGCUGUUAUCGUAGUGUGCUCAAUAUUUCUUGCUAUAAUAGUAAUUGCGACUAUAUAUGACCUGGUCAUCCAAAUCUUGCUGCCUUACAUCUCCCAGAAUUACAACGUAGAGCCAAGCAAUGACAUGUAUGGAACUUUCAAUGCGAAAUAUACAAAUGGUCACAUACAUGCAUCGAAUGGUCACGCUCGGAAUGGUGACGUCAUUUCCGAUAAAACUCCAUUAAAUCGUAACUACGAGCAUACAGUCACCACAAAGGAUUAUGACGAGGAUUCAGGUGUAAAAUAUAAACCCGGACUACCUGGAAAACUGCUGCUGUCAUUUUCUGCUUAUACAAACGCCUCGAAAAUAUUAAACACGGAUCAAGCGUCUGGAAUAUUAACAAGCGUUAAUGGGAUAAGAUUCAUCAGCAUGACUUGGGUUGUUCUGGGUCAUUCAUACGCUUUUGGCCUGGGUGUUAUUGACAACAUUUACACAUUCCUUCCUUCAGUCCUGAAGAGGUUUUCUUUCCAGGUAAUAUCAAAUGCUACGGUGGCUGUGGAUACAUUUUUCGUAUUAAGCGGAUUGUUGGUCGCUUACCUUACACUAAGAGAGAUGAAGAAGAAAAAUGGUGCCAAAAAGUUCAACUGGGGAAUGUUUUACUUCCAUAGAUUUUGGAGGUUGACGCCACCCUAUAUGCUCUUUUUGAUGCUAUAUGUGCCUACUAUACGCUACUGGACCAUGGGACCUCUUUGGCCACAGACGCCUGGGUUUGAAGUAGAUGAAUGCAGAGACUCCUGGUGGAAAAAUAUUCUCUACAUUAAUAAUCUCGUAGAACCGAAGACAAUGUGUAUGGCAUGGAGCUGGUACCUAGCUAACGACAUGCAGUUUUAUAUCUUAUCUCCACUGAUGCUGGUUCCACUUUACUAUUCAAAGAUUUGGGGGAGUGUUACAUGUUUGGUGCUCGUGUUACUUAAUUUCAUCACAACAGGUGUUAUUUCUAAGCAUAACAAUCUUAGCUCAAAUAUGAUUUUAGGGUAAGUAUUUUUUAAGAACC